UCAUACGUAAGUCAAAAGCUAAAUCGUAGACCGGAGAAUACCUAACAUGCAAAACUAAAAAUGUUAAGUACACGGUAUAAACCAAAUGUAUACAACAUAGUUUCUUUUUCAAAAUAUAUAAGUAAGACAGAACAUACAAAUCAAAAUAUAGUAAUGGAUGCCAAGGAGUUAAAGUUAUGAUUUUUUUUUUUGAACAUUAUUAAAGUUAUGAUUUUGAUUCCAAAAGCUUCACUCAUCUCUCUUUCUAAUCCUUUUAUGUACUAAACCAUGUUUUGCACCAGAAAGGGUUUGUGUGUACUAAAUCUAAACCAGCAGCAACUUGUCUUUUUUUUGCUUUUGCUUUGUUAAGAGUUAAAGAUAGGAAAGAAAAAGGCCAGAAUUGGAUUUGUAUUUCUCAUAACUACCAAUUGCCAAAACCCCACCUUGACAAACUCAAAACAAUGGGGAAAGACCACAACUUUAUGCUUGGAAACCAUCACCAUCCUGCAUCCCCUCCACAGAUCCAACGGUGAAUAGUAUCUUCCCAAAGAUAAAACAACAACAUUCAAGAGUGGGGACAAAUAAAAGCAAAGAAAAGAGGCAAACAGAAAGAGAAGUGCCCGGUGUCUAUAUGUUUUCUAUACUCUAUACAGAAAGGAGAGAGAGUGUGCUGCUUUUGCAUUUGUCUCCACUCCAUUUCUCUUUUAUCAUCAAGUAUAAUACAGCAGAAGCAAAGAAGAAGAAGAAGGAACAUACAACCCCCAGUUGAUCUCAAUACAGCUUCUGGGUUUGUCUCCACAGAAGCCUUUGUAGAGACAGAGAGAGGGAAGGAACUCAAAAAAAAAACCCACCUUCUCAACUCUUUCACAAACAAUCCCACCCAAAUGCAGCUGAGAGAAUCCAUAGACAAGACCAAGACUUUCUUCCAAACCACUCUUUUAACCCUCAAGUCCCUCCUCUUUGGUGGGUACCAGAAGCUGCCCAAGCCUCCAUUCAACAACCCUUUCUCAUGUGGAACUGGGUUCAACCCGGAUCACAUAGCAGAUCAUGAGUACUACACCAACUUCUGCAACGAAUUGGAGUGUGAUCUUGAGAAAGUCAUGAAGCUCAAAACCACCAACCACAAACCAAUCAUGGCUCCCAAGGAGACACCAGCAGCACCAAGUAGAGAAGCUCAUCGUCAAUCCACUACUUGCCAUGUGAGCCCAAUUAAGGCUGUCUCAACCAGUCCAGUGAAGAAACCGCAGAAGAAGCACAAGGAUGAGAAGAGCACCAGCAAGCGAAGCAAGAAACUUGGUGGUGAAGAAGAAGAGCAAUGUUCAUCCAAGAAGCAGUUGAAGAAGAAGAAGAUGAGCAAUGAAGAGAGCUAUGCCUUGGCAAGGAAGAUGAAGGAACUCGAGAUGAUCGAUGUGAGUGAUGUUGAACAUGUUUUGGAUGUGGAAGAAGCGCUUCAUUACUAUUCAAGACUCAAGAGCCCUGUCUAUCUCGACAUCGUUGACAAGUUCUUCACUGAUAUGUACCAAGAAUUCACCAUCCCUCAUCAGGCUUCUGUUGCUUCAGUCAACAGCUCAAGAAGAAGACUUGCUUCCUUUAGAUUAUAGAUUGGAUUUAUUAGUCAUGUUUAUUACAUAUCAAUUGGUUCCUUGCUUGUACUCUUAAAUUUCUCCUCCUCUGUUCUUACCCUCUUGGUAUUAUACUGGUGUGUCAAAUUGCUUUCUGGGUUUUUUAUACUCUUUGCAAAGUUUCCUCCUUUGCCUGGAUAUCUCAUGCUUGUUUUUUGAGACUGUUACAUUGAAGAUCGGUGGAUCAGGGGCUUCAUCCCGAAUUCGCCUUUCUAUACUUUCCGAUUGUUCUGAAAAGAUGAAAGAUACAAGUAGUUCCCUUUCAUGUAUAUGCAGAAAGUGGCCCUUACAGUUAUGAUUGAUGUCAGGGGAAGUACAUUUAGAGCAACAGAAUGUAUGCUAAGUAGCUAGCAUCCUUGAGGGUUCAUCUAGACCUUCAAUACUAUACCAGAGGAUGAAGAAAGGAUUUACAACAUCACAAGUGUGAUUAUGAAAGAUAGGGCCAACUGCUAACUGCAUAUUCUAUUCCUUUCGUCAGAAUUCUGUCAGUCAAGAUACCAUGAAACAGUUAAGUCGGACUUGCCCCAUUGAUCCAGCCAAGACGUGGAGAUGGGAAAGCUUCAUCAUUACUUCAGCAAAGUGCUUACAAAACAUACCAUUAUCUGAAGCAUACGCUCCGACCCAAAUUCCGGUUUCUUCACCAGCAGUUAGCUGCUGAAUGCUGAUCCACAUAGAGGAUUCCCCUUCCUUGCAAAAGCAUGUGACGGUAUAGAGUCCCAAAUGUUACCCAGCGUCCCUCACAGCCCAUAUCCAUUCCUUGAACCCCAACUUUAGAUUGUAACAGACACAUGGAGUAACCUGAUGUUCUUGCCGACUUUAAUGGUAACGAGAAUGGCAAAGGACCAAGGAAUAAAGGUGAAUAUGCAGCUGUAAGCCUGUAACUAUGGUGAAGAUAUCAGAAUUGCCGUGGAUAGCUCUAAGCCAUUGAUAGAAGGUGCUGGUUGAGUAAAUGGUGUUGGCCAGCUGCCAAAGGAAGGCGCCAGUGUCGUUGAUGAUGGCUUUGAGCUGAAAAGCGGAAAUGAAAACGAAGAUGCUACGAAGGGUGCUGAAGCUGGUCGUGUUGCUGCUGGUUCAGGGCCAUGCACAGAAGGUGUUGGUGCUGGUGUUGUUGACGGUGGGUUUGAGUUACCAAAGGAAGGUGCUUAACGUUGGGGGAUGAAAGGACGGUUCUUGUGGUUAUGCCGAAGUAUGCUGCUUUUCGUUACAUCUAGAUCAUCAAGAGAUGGAUCAGGCUUGUUACUGCACUGAAGUUAAUACAGACAGUUAUUGAAGAAUCUGCAAUGGAUCACCUUGAUGCUGUGACCACCUGGAUACACAUGGGCUCUUUUAUCAGCAAAACAGAUCAAAACGGAAAGACAUUGAAGUUACACAGUUAUCAUAUGGUGAUCAUGUGCCUAUUCAUUGGCAGAAGGUACAAAUGCAGGUGGAAAACUCAACUAGGUAAGUUUCUUUCAAAUAUAACGUGAGUUGGUCUCCACAUUUCCCAAUUAAUAAGCAAACUAAACCUUC